CUCCCAGCAGUAAGUGCACCAUCCCAGAACAACCUGCCAGCUCUUAAGGAUCACAGUUCUAGGCAUCAAGCGAUGAGACCCGGGAGCCCUCCGGCCCCUCUGUGGCGGGAAUACGGGUCCUGGUGCCCGGAGCACGCUUCUCCCGCCUGUGCAGGGCCGGAAUGUGCCUGUUGGGAUGGCGCCGGGCCGGGGACAGACGGGGACCUGGCCAGAAAGUGGCGGCGGGAGUCGCGGGGCGGGAACCACCUCUCCGGCUGCGUCCGGUUCCCGCCCCUCGGGCCCGGCCGCAGGGCGGGGCUCGGGUCGGGUCCGGGCCGGGAGCGGUAGCCGGCAGCGGGAAGCGGCCGCCGCCCGGGCCGCGCCGGGAGAGGCGAGGCGAGGCGAGGCGAGGCAGGGCGGGGCGGGGCGCGACGGGAAGGGGAGGCCGCGCCGGGCCGGCUGCAGCAGCCGCGCACCGAGCGCCACGAUGGGGCUGGAGACGGAGAAAGCAGACGUCCAGCUCUUCAUGGACGACGACUCCUACAGCCGCCACAGCGGCGUCGACUACGCUGACCCGGAUAAGUUCGCGGACUCGGGCUCCGACCGGGAUCCCCACCGGCUCAACUCGAACCUCAAGGUGGGCUUCGAGGAUGUGAUUGCAGAGCCGGUGUCUACGCACUCCUUUGACAAAGUGUGGAUCUGCAGCCAUGCCCUCUUUGAAAUCAGCAAAUACGUGAUAUACAAGUUCCUGACACUGUUCCUGGCUAUCCCCCUGGCCUUCGCUGCAGGAAUUCUCUUUGCCACCCUCAGCUGUCUACACAUCUGGAUUAUAAUGCCUUUUGUAAAGACCUGCCUAAUGGUCCUGCCUUCAGUGCAGACAAUAUGGAAGAGCAUAACAGAUGUUGUCAUUGCCCCACUGUGCACAAGUGUAGGACGCAGCUUCUCUUCUGUCAGCUUGCAACUAAGCCACGACUGAACACUUGGACCCCAGGUCUAGAGAUUUGGAUACUGUAAUACUUCUGUGUUGUUUUAAUGUAAAAGCACUACUGUUCUGUUCAUUUCCCAAUUGUUCUAAUCGAGCAAAUUUUUAAGAUAAGCAACCACUUUUAGAAAUGUUUAUUGGCAGAUCUUUUCAAAUAAUCCUUUUCUAAUUAAUAGCCAAGGAUUUCAUAACAAACGUUAUAGCCCGAAUUAAACAGUAGGUUGGCAACACUUAAUGUUAAAGGCAGACAGUUUUUGCUUUAGUAAAAAAGUAUACAUUUCAUAAUGAUGAAUUUAUAAAGAUCAAGG